AUGGCGAUGAUACAAGCAAAAAAGGAUGAAGGUUCGUUGUCGUUUCAAGUCCCGACUCUUAUCCCUACGAACUAUCCGACAUGGGCGGUAAAAGUCAAGGCGAUUAUGGAUGCUUACGGCAUAUGGGAGACCGUCGAAACAAGGAAUUUAGGAGAAGAACCAGAUCAGAAAAAGUCGAAACAAGCGCUUGCGUUCUUGUUUCAAGCUAUACCCGAGGAGAUGGUGUUGCAAAUGUCGGGUUACACGGACCCGAAGAAAGUAUGGGAUGGCUUGAAAACACGAUACUUGGGUGUAGAUAGAGUUAGGGCGGCUCGAAUUGCAACAUUGAGAAGAGAGCUUGAAGGUUUGCGGUUGAAGGAAGGAGAACUCGUUGAUGAUGGUGCUUCUAAGGUGAGUGGAUUGGUUUCAAAGUUGAGGGGUCUCGGGCACGAAAUUGAAGAAGAAGAAAUGGUGAGAAGGUUACUUGAUGCAAUGCCAAACUCCUAUCUACAAAUUGCAACUUCGAUUGAGCAAUGUUUCGAUUUGGAUUCAAUGCUCUUUGAUGAAGUGGUAGGAAGGCUAAAGUCGUAUGAAGAAAGAAGAAAGAGCCGUGGUGAAAAGGAAGAAGAGCAAAGCCAACUUUUGAUGGCCGAACAAAAGUAUGGUGAAAGUAGCGAACGAGGAAGAGGCCGCGGAAGAGGCUACGGUAGAGGUGAAAGAGGACGAGGAAGAGUUGCUAUGGAACCACUCCGUCACUUUAGUCACGAGCAUCCGCUAAACCUUGUGCAUCUGCCGCAGCAGUUGCAUCACAAAAAUGAAAAUGCGGACGAUGAGGACGAGGAUGAAGUUGAAGAUGAAGUUGAAUUUGUGGAGGAAGACCAUCAAUGCAACCUUUGUAAGGAACAGAUCUGGUCAUUUCAUAUGUGCUACUACUCCUGCAAGACUUGUAACUACUCAUUGCACAAAUUCUGUGCUGAGCUACCCCGAAAGCUACAAAAUCACCCGUUACAUCCUGGCCAUGAUCUUUCUUUUUAUUCAUACAAUUAUGAGUUUAAGUGUCAUGUCUGCAAUCUUAUGCAGAAGAAUAUCACUCAUUAUUAUUGUGUUCUCUGCAACUUUCAAAUGGAUAUAAUUUGUGCUACUUUGCUGGAGCAGAAGAUAAACCACCAUAGUCACCCUUACCAACUGGAUCGAAUGCCCUGGCCCAUAGUAUCAGGUUGUGUAGCUUGUGGUAACAAACAUGAAGGGGUCUUCUUUCAGUGUACCACUUGUCCUAGGUUUUUAAUCAACCUGGAAUGUGCUUUGCUGCCUACCAAAUUACUUAUACAAAAUCAUACUGAUGGGACUUUCACUCAUUCUCAUCCACUUACUCUUGCCUAUUCCUUUCCGUAUUCCGAAUAUCAAGCUAAAUACUAUCCCAAAUGUAGAGUUUGUGGUGGCAGAUUCUAUUCUCAUUUAUGGAUUUACAUAUGCGAUAAAUGUCUGUAUCACGUGCAUGUUGAUUGUGCGACUUCAAAAAGAGAGCCGUUUAUGUCCAUCUUCCAAACUGCAAGCCUUGGCAAAACUUACAAAAAUUUUAAAGAAGAUGAACACCCGAAUCUGCUCCAUUGUCCAUUUCAAGAUGAAGGUGACAACCUUCUAAAGCGUUAUAUGUCUAAUCAACACGAGUUGAUUGGUGACUCCAAACAACAUGAGGGUGAGAUGCUCAACCAUGCUAGCCAUCAACACCCACUCGUCCUUUUCGACAAGCAAACACCAGCUGGUGUUUCUCUGCAUGACCCCAUGAAAAGAAUUCAACUGUUAUGUGAUGGGUGUGUGAAACCAAUCAUGACGGUACCCUUUUACAUGUGUUGCCAAUAUGAUGAUGAACAAUAUUGUUUUGUUCUUCAUGAAUGGUGUGCCAAACUACCACCUGAAGUACAAGGAUACGUGGGUCAUCCUGAGCAUACUCUUUUUCUUCUGCCGAAAAUACCUAGUAAGUUCUUUGGUGUCUUCCAUUGUGCCGUUUGCAAGUUACCAUCCAAUGGUUUUUCAUAUGGAUGCACAACAUGUGAUUUUUAUGUUGAUAUCAAUUGUGCAUUCAUACCUAAAGAAAUCACACAUGACGCUCAUCCAAAUCAUCUCCUAUCGAUAAUGAAACCUUCAGAUACGCAAUCUGAAGAAUUUUGCAAAGCAUGCAUAUAUUCGGUGCGCUGGAGAAAUCUGGUAUUUCAUUGCCCUUCUUGUAAUUUCUACAUUCAUGUGGAGUGUGCUUUGUUAUUGCCCAGAGUGAUUAAGCACAAGUGCGAUAAACAUCCUUUGAACCUAAGAUACGAACCAGCAGAGAAUCAUACUAGCAAAUACUUUUGUGAAAUAUGUGAGGAUGAAUUUACCCCUUGGGAGUGGUUCUAUCAUUGCAAUAUAUGUGACCAGUCAAUGCAUGCUGCUUGUGUGCCCUUAAUACUUCAAUGUGAGCAAAAUACAUAUGCCUGUUAUCGCAAAUGCGUCUAUAAGUUUCUCAAUGUUAAAUUUGGAGGAACUCUUACGAUCGAAGAUCACUCACACCGCUUGGCCUUUGUUCAAGGGCUUGAGAGCGAUGGCAUGUGCAGUAAGUGUCGUGACCGAUUGCAGUACAAGAUGAUCUUUAAGUGUUUGGAGUGUGAGUUUGCAUUAGAUUUCGAGUGUGCCUCUUCAUCUGUCAAUUGAUCAAGCUCAUUAGCUUAUACUUCGGUGCAUCCAUACUGUUGUAGUAUUAUUAUUAUGUGUAUCUAGUCAUUUCUUUUGACUAGUUUGGUUUCUAUGGUUUAUCAAUUAAAUUGGAGUAUCUUGUU